CAAGCAAACAAUGGCUGCUCCACUUGCUCCACUUCCAUCAGGCUUACAAGUCACAGAAGCAAGCCCAGAAUGGUUAAACAAAGGAGACAAUGCAUGGCAACUAACAGCAGCCACAAUAGUUGGCAUGCAAAGUGUGCCAGGCCUGGUAAUACUCUACGGAAGCAUAGUCAAGAAGAAAUGGGCAAUAAACUCAGCAUUCAUGGCACUGUAUGCAUUUGCAGCAGUGUUGGUGUGCUGGGUUGGCUGGGCAUUCCAAAUGUCAUUUGGUGAAGAAAUGUUCUUCUUUUGGGGAAAACCAAACUUUGCUUUGGAUCAAAAGUAUCUACUUGAUCAGGGAUUUGCUGGGUUUUAUCCCAGGGCAACGUUGGUGUUCUUUCAGUUUGUGUUUGCUGCCAUAACUUUGGUUUUGGUUGGAGGAGCUUUGCUUGGGAGGAUGAACUUUCAUGCUUGGAUGUUGUUUGUGCCAUUAUGGUUAACCUUUUCUUAUACUAUUGGGGCUUAUAGUAUUUGGUGUCCAACUGGUUUCUUAGCUAAGGCUGGAGUUAUGGAUUACUGUGGAGGUUUUGUUAUUCAUCUUGCUUCUGGUGUUGCUGGCUUCACUGCUGCUUAUUGGGUUGGACCAAGAACAAACAAGGACAGGGAGAGGUUUCCACCGAACAAUAUACUUUUGAUGUUGGCCGGAGCUGGGCUUCUUUGGAUGGGAUGGAGUGGGUUCAACGGCGGAGGUCCGUACGCCGCCAACAUUGAUGCUUCUUUGGCAGUGCUGAAUACUCAUGUCUGCACUGCCACCAGCCUUCUUGUUUGGCUCUUUCUUGACAUACUCUUCUUCUCCAAACCCUCCGUCAUUGGUGCUGUUCAGGGCAUGAUCACUGGCCUUGUCUGCAUCACUCCUGCCGCAGGCAUAGUUCAAGGAUGGGCAGCAAUAAUAAUGGGAAUACUCUCCGGCAGCAUUCCAUGGUACACAAUGAUGGUGCUUCACAAGAAGAUCUCAUUCCUCAAGUAUGUAGAUGACACAAUGGCAGUGUUCCACACCCACGCCAUUGCCGGCAGCCUUGGCGGUGUGCUCACCGGCUUCUUCGCCGAGCCGAGACUCAACCGUCUUUUCUUUUCCGGUGAUACUACCAUGUUCAUUGGCUUUGCUUACGGCAUCAAAGACGGCCGGUUCCGUGCCGGGUUGCGGCAAAUGGGAGUGCAACUUGCAGGCAUUGUGUUUAUAGUUUUUAUCAAUGUGUUUGUGACCUCUGUGAUAUGUCUUGUUGUGAGAUUGAUAGUACCAUUGAGGUUGAGUGAAGAGCAGUUAGAGAUUGGAGAUGAUGCUAUUCAUGGAGAAGAAGCUUAUGCUCUUUGGGGAGAUGGUGAGAAGUUUGAGACUCAGAAUGGUAAUGAUGUCUUUGAUGUUGAGAGUAGUAAAGCUGUUCAAAUGACUACCACCUUCUAAUAAUUAUCAUCAUCAUCAUCAUCUUUCUUUUUUUAUCUACUUAUUAUCAUUAUAAAUGUAAUAAAGGGAAGAGGAUGUUGGAGUUCUCUUUAGAAUAUAUGGUUGUGUGGGAAAUGUAAAAGGUCUAUAUAUCACUGAAGUGUUUGCUUUAGGAAAUGUAUUUUCUUGUUUUUUGUUUUUUUCUUUUUAUAUGCGAGCAUUGGUUAUUUAU